CUCCCUCUCCCUCCCUCUCUUUCUCUUCUUCCUCCUCCCUCUAAUCGCAUCUCAAAACUCCACGUCAUCAUGUCCAACGACAUCUUGACCCAGCUUCAGACCUGCUACGAUCAACUUCUCACACAACUCUUUUCUACUCUCAGCUACCUCUCGCAAAGACACCCACUGAUCCAUCCGAUCCCCGACCCAAAUGAUCCCUAUACAAACCCACCAACUCAAGAUGGACACGACAACACCAACACUAUUGCCCCAGGCUUAGAAGAUACUGAUCGAGCACCAUAUCCUCUCCGGCCCGUGGCUCCAUCCACCUUUGAAAACGCCCAGCAGGAACUCGCAGAAGAUCUGGUGCUUAAGACCCAGCAGAUCGAACUACUGAUUGCAAGAUUGCCUGGCAUAGGACUAGGAGAGAAUCAGCAGCGAGAAGAGAUUGAGAAAUUGAGUGUCAAGGUGCGAGAGAUGGAGGAAAGGAGGAAAGCUAAGAGGAAAGAAAUGAGGGAGUAUGUCAAGAAGUUGGAUGAUGUGGUUUUGGGUAUGGCCAAGAGUAUUGAGUACUCUCCAAAAGAGGCGAAUGGCGUCAAUGGACAUGACAAGGGUUGAAGGAAGAUUUGGCCACAACAAUACAUGGCUACUAUGUUUCGACACUUGCGGGUUCAGCUCAGCCGAAAUGCUGAUUAUAGUGUCAGCUAUUCAAAGGUCCCAGAACUCCGACAACCCCCAAACACGGUUUGCCCACAUGGGUGCAAAGGCUUUGAUGUCGAAUGACUCCCACAAUGCGCGGUCUAUCAACCUUUCAACUUCGGAUUCAACGCUCUGACAAUACGAAUGAUGGGUAUUCAAGUCUACGAGAUCCAACCAAAACCUGACUUGACGCCUAUGUAUCAUCUCUCGUCCCAAACCCAAGGACGCAGAUGAAUGUACCCAGAGUCAUUAUAUCCAAAUGGAAGCGGCCUGUCAGCCAAGGGAACACCAUGUUCCCCACACACUAUACCAUCAUACUUUUCCGUCGAGAUGCCAGUCUUUCGGCGCGAGAUUCCGGCUGUACUGUGGCUGCCGCUUGGUCUCCAGUUCUCGACACUGGUGUCGAUCGGAUAUUCGAAGCAACACUAGCUGCCCGCUUCAACUCUUUCCCUGACGUUGAGGUUGCAUCUGUUCCUCUAGAAGCAGACGCCUCGGCCCGUAAACUCGCCGCCGAAGCAGGUCUGCUAAAAGCUCUGGCGGAAUGCGAAUCGGACUUGGUUGCAUGAUUGACAGGUGCAGAUGAGGCUGGUUGCAUGGAAUGGCGCCUGCUAAGUGAGGCACCUGACGUUCCAGAAUGGACUCUGCGCCGCGCAGCCGAUGCUGAGGGCGUCGCGGUCUUUGAGUUGGAGACAAGAUUACCAUCAUCUUCUUCUUUCGCCACAGGCGACGAAGAUGGUGGAUCAAAGAUACUCAGCCGAUCAACGGCUUUUUCCAAUUCAUCACCAUAAUCUGUCCGAUCAUGCUUUGAUGUUUCGUGUGCUGGUAGUGCCGCAUCCUUGAUGCUCGGAAUCACAAGUCGAUCUUUGGCCAGAUCCUUCUUCUCUUUAUCCCGCAACGGACUAGCAGGGUCCUCAUUGCCGUUGCCGUUACCGUUGCCGUUGUCGUUCGUCGAUACUGGCAAAUUUCUCCAUCUCGUGUCCGAACCAGCAUCUCUCUUCUCCUGUUUAACCACUGGCCCAUCAAGAGUCUCACAACCAGACCUCGCCCGUUCCAGACUAGUUGUACGAGAGUGCGUAGCACUAUUGGUGGGGUUGUCCUUCUCUUUCUUCUCAAUCCCCUCCACCGCACCCACAAGUUCUCUCCCUGGUCUCCUCAUCUUAUCGCGCAGAUUCGGUUCCGCAUAGCUAACAGCGGCUCGUGCACGUCGUGAGCCACGGCCAAUACUUCCGUUGAGGACAUCUUCGACGGAAUUGAGAAUGGCGGCUUCUUUGUGCGUGGCGCGUACGCUGGGUUCAGUGGAGAUGGGGGAGAGUGGAUCUUCAGGG